AAAAUAGGUCUCAUAUUCUAGUUUUUUUCUUUAUCCACUUUCUUUUAUACUCCCUCUAUAACUAAAGAAUAUACACAAGAAUAUACACUUUGGGUUCGGCACGGUUUUAAUGCAAAGUUGGAAAAGUAAGAGAGAUGUAGAGAGAAAAAGUAAUCAAAAUAUUAUUAAUGGAGAAUAGGCUCCACCCCUCUUUAGAGUGAAAAAGAGUUUUUAAAAUUCGAAAGCGCAUAUAUACUUGUGGGAUAGACUAAAAAAGAAAGAAUACAUAACUUGUGGGACGGAGCGAAUAUUUUUUAAAACUCAUACUACACUCAAAUGAGACCGGUAAUGGCGAACGAAGCAAGAGGUAAUUUAAAAAAGAGGGAGACUGUAAAGUGGAGGUGGGGGAAGCAAAUGGAGCAAUAAAUGAAAAUGAAUGGUAAAGAUGAAACGAGAGUCACAAAGUGGAGAACCAAACGGCAGCACUCACCACCUUCCCGAAAACGACUUCUCCAUAAAGUCCAGCAACUCUCACUGCUGUAAAGAAGGAAGAACCUUUUAUUGACCACACCACCCACCCACCCACCCAAUUCCAAACAAACCGAAUAUUACUCCAAUUUGAAAAAAAAAAUCCAUGACAUCACCAUUCCUCUGACUACUACCAUUCCACUCCCUUCUUCUUCUUCUUCACCAUUUCUCCACUUUCUCCCCCUCCUCCUCAGCAAUGGUGAUGGACGACGAUCCCCACUUCACAAUGCCCCCUCAUUUCCGCUGCCCGAUCUCCCUCGAUAUCAUGAAAUCCCCCGUCAGCCUCUCCACCGGCGUCACCUACGACCGCGCCAGCAUCCAGCGCUGGCUCGACGCCGGCAACAACACCUGCCCCGCCACCAUGCAGCUCCUCCCCACCAGAGACCUCACCCCCAACCACACCCUCCAGCGCCUCAUCCAGAUCUGGUCCGACUCCUCCAAGCCCCCCCAAACCAUCUCCCUUAACCAAGCCAAUCAGCUCCUCCACCGCCUCCCCUCCCACCUCUCUCUCAAAUCCUCCCCUUUCCUCGCACAGACCCUCUCCUCCCUCAACUCCUUCGCCGUUCAAUCGGAGGAAAACGCCGCGUUCGUGGCCGCUGCCGGAUCGGGGAUCCUGCCGGCGAUGAUCUCCCUCGCCGGAGAAGUUAGGGAUUUGGUUGUUUUGGAGAGAAUCGUUUCGUUUUGCAAUAUAUUGCUCAAGCAUCUCGAUUCGGAAGGAUUGAGGUCGAAAAUUGAUUUGGGGAAUUUCGAUUUAAAAUUGGGGGUUUUGCUAGGGUUGAAGCGGGGGAGGGUGGAAUUGAGGAAUGCGCUGGUGAAAUUCCUCGAAUUUCUAGCGAAACAUAAGUGCGUCGAGAUCAAUUCGAAUCCGAUUUCGGAAGACGACGGUUUCCACCGCGAAUUGCUCAAAUUGAUUUCCACCAGCUCCGAUUCCGAUGCUUCCGGCGCAGCGCUGAGCUUGCUUAUUCGCAUGGUUCAAUUGAAGAGGAACAGGGCGAGAAUCGUGCGCGCGGGCGGGGUGGCGGCGGCGGCGGCGGCGAUGGCGGAGAAGGAGAAGGAGAUGAGCGCGGCGUCGAUUGAGAAGGCGCUGAGGCUUCUGGAGGUGCUGGCGGGGAGCAAGGAAGGGCGGAAUGAGAUCGGGAAUUGCGUGGCGGAGGUGGUGAAGAAGCUGCUGAAGGUGUCGGGGGCGGCGACGGAGCACGCGGUGGCGGUGCUGUGGAGCCUGUGCUGUCUGCACGGGGACAAGAGGGCGGCGGCGGCGGUGGUGGAGGGGAACGGAAUGGGGAAGGUGCUGGUGGUGAUGCAGAGCGGUUGCUCGCCGGCGGUGAGAAGGAUGUGCGCCGAUUUGCUUAGGGUUUUGCGGUGCGGGUCAAAGACUUCUGGUAUUUCCUGGUAUGAUACAAAGACUACGCAUAUUAUGCCAUUUUGACGGAUGGUUUUCUUUUUUUAUAUAAUUAUUAUUAUUAUUGUUGUUGUUGAAAAAUAGAUUUGUUGACAAGGAAAUAGAUUUGAAUCAUAUGAUCGUAUAGUUAUAUAAUUCAUAAUAUAAAAUAUGUUCAUGGAA